AUGUCUACAAAGGUGGAGCUUCCCUUCCGGCUGGACACCCAGCUGACGGAGGUGAUGAGUCUGCGGGUUCAGUCUCUGCAACAGCGGAGCCAGCAGAGGCAGGAGGGCGAGCGUCUGCUGAAGCCCAACGAAGCUGUAUACCGACUGGACUUCUCCACACAGUCCCUUAAAUUUUCACACUGGAUGGUGCGGCUGGCGCAACCAGGACGCUUAACCAUCACAGCCACCUCGCAGCUCUGGACGCCGGACCUCACCAACCUCAUGACACGUCAGCUGCUAGAACCCACCGGGGUUUUCUGGAGGAUGGCGGCUGAUGUCUCGGCUGCAUCCGUCCAGUGUUAUGAGGCUGACACGGCAGAGUUUGGUGAGAGGAUUGCAGAGCUGGCCAAGGUAAGGAAGGUGAUGUACUUCCUGUUUGCAUUUGCAGAAGGCUGCAGUCCAGAGACUGUCGACUGCUCCAUCACCUUCAUAGUGGAUACUUAA